AUGGAAGUGCAAACGGUGAACAUGGAUGAACUUCUUCUCCGGACUGCCGAAAUCACGUAUGCCAAAAAACCUCUCGAUACCGAGAUUAGGAAUCUAAUCGAAUGGGGAAGGGAUUUGCUUAAAUUGUCAACAUUCAAGAGUGCAGAGGAGUCGAAGACGAUUGUUAAAUAUGCUAUAUGGAAACUGUAUGAAGCAUUGUUCAUCGAUCCUAAGAAACACGAGGCAUUGUGGUGCAUGGGUAGUGCUCUGACUUCUCUUGCCAUUAUGACUCCUGAUGAUGAUAUAGCUAAAGAUAAUUUUGAUUCGGCUUAUACUUACUUCCAAAAGGCAAUUGCUGAGGAUCCAGGAAAUGAACUUUAUCAGAAAUCAAUUGAAGAGGCUGAAAAGGCGAUUGAAUCACAUGAACAAGCUAUGGCUUCAGGGGCAUCAACAUCUUCCUAUGCCAAGUUAUUGGAGUGUUUGAAGUCACAAAAGAAGGAGUUAUGGCAGUUUGAUGUAUGUGGACGGGUUCUUCUUGCUGUAACCAUUGUGGGGUGUGUAAGAUUUGCAAAAGCUAAUGUGCAUCCACCUCAAUGAUAAGAGCUUUAUGUCUGGUGAUUUUAAGAAGAUAAUUAGGGGUUUAUUUUGAUUUUGAUCAAAAAUUAGAAUUGGUUUUGGUUAAACAUAUUACCUAGAAUUUGAAUUGAUUUCUCAUGAUUUGUUGAUAAUGAUAGUAUGUGUUAUGAUUUAUUGUGUUUUGGAG